AUGUACCAGGUGAAAUUAUGGCCUUUUAGAUGCGUAUUCUUGACAUGUUUUGCCUAUAUAACAGCAUCAGUUCUUUUGGCGGAGGCGGAUCUUCCUAUACACGCACUGACUAGCGAUGUUCUAGGCGUAUGGCGUAUCUUAGAAACUGAAACGUUUCACGAUAAGCCUCAAACAUGUGGCGGAUCGUUACCUAAUCGCAAUUGGGAUAAUUUAAAACUUGGAGAUUAUCGGCGUUAUCUCCAGCGUGGAUAUGGCAGCCUUCGUGAGACUGUGGUCGAGCUGGUUGAUGAGCGCCAUUACCGAAGGAGUGAACUUCCUCCUAGGAAUCAAUGGCGUUACUUGGGUGUUCGCGAUCCCAAAUCCGGGCACGGCUUUAUAGGACAAUGGACGUUGGUCUAUGACGAAGGUCUCGACAUAGACAUUGGUCCAACCCGUUACUUUGGAUUUUUCAAGUACGCAAAGAUCGACACUAAGGAUUGUCCUAUGGUGUUAGAAGGAAGCCAAGAGGAUUCCCACGGCAAUGUGCAGUGUUACAGGACAACCGCGUCGGAAAUCGGGAUUGGUUGGGCCACUAGGAAGGUCUUUAAGAACGGGAAACCGAAUUAUACGUAUGGUUGCUUCUACGCCGAAAAGAUCAAAGACGACAAACGCCAUUCAUACGUGCUGGAUGAAUCCUCCAGUGCAGUGUUACGAAAAGGGAAACCCAGUUUCAACCAAUGGUUGAAAAGGGAUUAUUUGGAGUUUAGAGAUUUGUCUCCUUUCCGAUUCUUGCAACUGCACAAGGGUACUUGCUUCAAGAGCAUACAUCACUCUCAUUUAUCGGAAUGUUCUACAGCCGAGGGCCAUUUAGCCAAUCGAUUUAUGCAAAAAGGUCAAUGUGGCAGCUGUUAUGCAAUGGCAUCCAUUUAUGUGCUGGCUAGGCGCUUUGAAAUUAUACUCCGAAAGCUCUACCCGGAAAGCAAUUGGGAACAUACUGAGCGACCCUCGGUUCGCGAUAUUGUGGAAUGCUCUCCGUUUAAUCAGGGAUGCCUCGGUGGAUUCCCAUUUUUGGUAGGCAAGCAUCUUACAGAAUUAGGUGUUUUGAGUGAGUCGGAUUCCCCCUAUACGAUAAACCUAGAGAGCGGCACGUCGAGCUGCCCGGUUAAACAAAGCAACGCCGACGACAGAUGGUUUGCAGCAUCAUAUGGGUAUAUUGGUGGCUGCUACGAAUGCACAACUGAGUUUGAGAUUAUGAAAGAAGUAUACCACCACGGACCUGUCGCCGUGGCUAUCGACGCUCCACAAAGUCUUUUCAACUACUAUAACGGAGUCUACGAUGAUGAGCCAGCCAACCAUGGAUCCAAUUGCGACCUGCCGCUUUCCGGUUUGAACGGUUGGGAGUAUACGAACCAUGCUAUUAUUAUAGUUGGAUGGGGUGAGGAAGAUGUGGCUGGCAUUCCUACCAAGUUUUGGGUCUGCAGAAAUACGUGGGGCAGCGAUUGGGGAGUUGGAGGUUUUUUCAAAAUGAAGCGCGGCGUAAACUUAUGUGGCGUUGAGUCACAAGCUGUGUACAUCGACCCGGACCUCACCCGCGGCGUUGCUGCGCGACUAGUGAAGAGCCUGACUUAA